CGCCAUUCCGGAUCCACGGAAGGACAUUUCGUGAUAAAAACACAGCGCGGUCGGAGCCAACAUGGCGGACUCCGGCAUCCAGUUUCAUACCCGCCUCUUCUCAUCGCGAUCCCGCCUUUGCCUCGAAGCUCAGCCAAUCAGAUUCGCAUGCUAGGUUUAAAGGGGUUUCUUCAGCCAAUAAUACGCGACGGUUCCAUCCAGGCACGCCCCCUGCCAGUGACGCUUCAUUUCAUUACAGGAAAUAGAAGCGUUUGUUUUGUUUGUGCCGGUGAGAGAGCUGCAGUCUUUGCUGAUUUUAAAGCAUUAAUUUGUAUAACCUGCUGUUUAUGUAUUUAGUUUGGGUAAAACUGCUUCUUAAGUAUUUAUAUAUUUUCAAAAAAGUAAUUCUGAAACAAAGGGUCUUUUACUGAGAAAACGAGCGAGCUUUAAUUUCUAUCAGAACUCUGCAGGAUUCUGAAUCACAAAAGUUACUCCUUGCAAAGUAAGACCAGUUUAAAACUAAAACCAGUGAAGAUGGACGUCAGCGUCUCCGUGUCGUUCUUUCAAGACGAGCUCGCCUCUACCAUCGAGCACGCAGUGAAAGCGGCUGUAGACACCGUCUUGUGCGAAAUCACAAAAGUUGUCGGCGGCAAAUUCACUGAAUUCCAAAUGGAAAUGGCUGGAAAGGAGAAAGAGAAUGAAAGUCUGAAGCUGAGAUUGGAAAUAUCAGAGAGCGAGUUGAAAGCAGUGCGGGAAUGCAUGAACGCUGCAGAUGCAGACAUUAAACAACCUCUCAGAAACAUGAACCCCGACUGCAAUGAACAAGACUUUCAGAGGAACGAGAACCAGGGAUUAUUUCAAGAUCCCAAAGAGAGCUGUGCUACACCUGAAUCUCAAGCGCAGGAGGGUCCAAGGAUAGAAGCAGUUUACACACAAGAGGAGUCCUUUGAUCAGGAGUGGUGUGCAAGUCUAAAGCAGGUUACAGAGCUGACAUGUGUUAAAGAUGAAGAGGUCCCUCGACUGGAAUGUGUUCCUAUUAAAGAGGAAUUCAUAGAACAGGAAUGUGUCCCCAUCACAGAGGAAGUUCCUACUGAAAAUAAUGUCUGUACACUUGAGGAGAACAAGCUGGGAUCCAGCCUGUAUGAUGAUUGUCCACCUGAAUGUGAACUGGGAUUUAGAGCUGCUAAAGGGAAUCACACAGGAGGGACUCCAUUUCCCUGUGCUGAUUGUGGGAAGACUUGCAGCUUUUUAUCACAGCUGAAAAGACACCAGCUUAUUCACACAGGAGAGAAACCGUAUCACUGCAGUGAGUGUGGGAGGAGUUUCACGCAGUUACAAAAUCUUAAACAACACCAGCGCGUUCACACAGGAGAGAAACCUUAUCACUGCACUGAGUGUCGGAAGAGUUUCACGCUGUUGCAAAACCUUAAAACACACAUGCGGAUUCACACAGGAGAGAAACCUUAUCACUGCUCUGAGUGUGGGAAGAGAUUCACGUAUUUAAGUUCGUUGAAAAUCCACCAGCAGACUCACAGAAAAGAGAAAUCUUAUCAAUGUAGCGAAUGUCUGAAGAGUUUCCGUCACUUAACAAACCUUAGAAGACACCAAAAAAUUCACACAAGAGUUCAGUCAGUUACUGGGUAUCCCAAAGAGAGCCAUGCUGUACCUAAAUCUGAAGCACAGGAGGGGCCAAGGAUAGAAGCAGUUUACACACAAGAGGAGUCCUUUGACCAGGAGUGGUGUGCAAGUCUAAAGCAGGUUACAGAGCUGACAUGUGUUAAAGAUGAAGAGGUCCCUCGACUGGAAUGUGUUCCUAUUAAAGAGGAAUUCAUAGAACAGGAAUGUGUCCCCAUCGCAGAGGAAGUUCCUACUGAAAAUAAUGUCUGUACACUUGAGGAGAACAACCAGCUGGGAUCCAGCCUGUGUGAUGAUUGUCCACCUGAAUGUGAACUGGGAUUUAGAGCUGCUAAAGGGAAUCACACUGGAGGGACUCGGUUUCCCUGUGCUGAUUGUGGGAAGAGUUUCAGUCGUUUAUCACAUCUUAAAAUCCACCACCGCAUUCACACAGGAGAGAAACCGUAUCACUGUUUUGAGUGUGGGAAGACAUUCAUUCGUGUAGCCCAGCUUAAAAUCCACCAGCGCGUUCACACAGGAGAUAAACCUCAUCACUGCACUGAGUGUGGGAGGAGUUUCACGCAAUUACAAAAUUUUAAAAUCCACCAGCGUGUUCACACAGGAGAGAAACCUUAUCACUGCACUGAGUGUGGGAAGACAUUCAGUCGUUUAUCACAGCUUAAAAUCCACCAGCGCGUUCACACGGGUGAUAAACCUCAUCACUGCACUGAGUGUGGGAGGAGUUUCACGCAGUUACAAAACCUUAAAAUCCACCAGCGUGUUCACACGGGAGAGAAACCUUAUCACUGCACGGAGUGUGGGAAGAGCUUCACACGAUUAGAAAGUCUUCAGACACACCAGCGCAUUCACACAGGAGAGAAACCGUAUCACUGCUCUGAGUGUGGGAGGAGAUUCAGUUGUUUAUCAAACCUUAAAAGACACCAGUGCAGUCAUGCAUGAGAGACACUUCAUCACUGUACAGAACGUGGGAAGAGAUUCACCUGUUUUAAGUUCCUUGAAAAUCCACCAACGGACUCGCAAAAAAGAAAUCAAUGUACUGAAUGCCUGAAGAGGUUCAGUCACAUAUCGUACUUUAAGACACCAUAAAUUCACACGAGUGAAGCCCUAUCCCUGUACUGAAUGUGUGAAGAAGUUCAGUAAGUUACUGGGUCUUGAGAGACACAUGAGAAUUCACAGAAUUGAAGCCACUUGAGGACAUCUAAACACCAGGGGUGUAUGUGACUAAAAUACAGAAAUAUUUACUGAAAACAAAAUAAUAUACUUGCUUGAUAAAUAGUGUUACUCUGAAUCACUUCAGAUCAAAAACCUGCAGUCGUAGGUGAAAAAUAUGAACUAUAACAUCUUGUUUGGACCAUUCACCACAUUAAUAAUCUAUUAAAUAGAUUGUAAUUGCUUCUGCUUUUACAAAAAUAAUUUAAAAGAAUUAUUCCUAAAAACUGAAAUAUUCUCUUCAGAUGUGGUGCUGUCUUUGUCUGUCCUGAAUCCAAAAUAAACAGGAAACACUUCUUGGGAAAAACCUUGGACACAACAUACCCUGCUUUUUAAAUGUGGACAAUCCUAUCUUGUAGCUGCUGAAUGAAACAUUGAUAAUUUGCUGGUCUAAUAAAUAAAGGUGUAUUGUUAAAAAAA